AUGUCUAACAUUUUUCGGCCCCAACUCCCAGGCAAUGCGCCACAAGACCCUCCACCCGCUAAGCGUAGAAAAGUGGAGAAUCCCAAAACCGACAACAUAACACCACCUUCUUCAAGACCAGCUCUUAAGGACACUCCUUUUCGCCAGAGCUCUUGUCACCCAGGUCAUAUACCCAUUCAGCUUCAAAGCUCAUGUCAAAACCGGCCUAUGCAGUCUACACUUGCUUCGCAGACUGCAGAUGAUACAAAAGAUGCUGCAGCCUCAGUUGGCAGGCCUGGAAGAAAGGCCGAAGAGAUGCAAGAAAUCCUCCGCGAAGAGAUCAACGGCGCAGUGUUCCGGUAUCCAUUAUUAUUUGAGGAACUUCCCAUCAACCAGGCCCAUCUGACGGCGAACAUGAACCGAUUGGCUCAGUCGCCACUGCUACGACGCGACGGGCACUGGUCGAUUGAUUGCACCAGCUUCGAAUCUGCGGAAAACCACUCAAUGCAUCAGGCUUGGGCCGAUUUGCUAAAUGUUAUCAUGCGUACUGCGUUCAGGGGCGGCCAGUUUCGUCCCGGACCUCAGCGAAUAGUCGCACUGCGCGAAGCACGCGUUCUUUAUGACCAUGACGACGAUACGGACACUUCUCCAGAUCUUGUACAGGGACACACGAACCCUCUGGAGCGGCAUCACUGGGGCACCCUGGAGUUCUUUGCGGAGUGCAAGGCCAAGCCAGACCAGCUCGGUGAAGCGCUGAUGCAGAUCGCUCGCUACUCCAGAGCCAUGUUUACCCAUCAGGUCUACCGACGGUUCAUAUACUCACUCGCUCUAUGCGGAACCAAGGCGACGUUUGUGCGCGUGGGCCGGAAUGGGAUCAUUCACUCGACGCCUAUCGAUGUCAAAGCCGAGCCUGAGCAGUUCAUACGGGCUGCUGCAAGUCUGUUUGGGCUUGACGACGGUCAGUUUGGGUACGACACACGAUUCUACUACUGGCCUCCACUUACGAUAAAGGAAGACGGUCGGAAGAGGCAACUGAGGGUCAAGACGGGUAACUGGCGCUGGAUAGUGAUUGAACUGUUGUGUCACCGGAUGUGCUUGGUCGGGAGGGCCACGGUGGUCAUGCUACUAUGCAGGGUGAAUAAUCCAAAACACCGUGCUGUGUUGAAGUCGAUAUGGCGGCAUGAGUCUCGACCUGACGAGGGAGAUACGCUGCGGAAGCUGGAAGGCAGCCCGGGGAUAUGUCAAGGAUCGAAGUUUGCUGGCCCCAUCCGUUAUCAGUCUAUGUUCAUGAACGUGUCUGAGAAAGACAGGCAACAGAUGCUGGAAGCUACUACUUCCAUGGACUCGAAGAACGCACGCAGCACCAAGAGCCAGAAGGCGUACAUGAAGGCUCAGCUGAAGCUAUCGGAGGUGCCAGAGGAUCGAGUGCAUAGCUUGAUACUGAUGGAUGAGGGUGCCCGGCUGUGGAGGAUCAAACGGCUUCGGCAUCUGAUGGUAGUGCUUCGCGAUGCCCUUGUUGGAUAUGCGUCGAUGGCUAUGUCCGACCAGGUUCAUCGUGACAUCAGCGAGGGGAACAUACUGUGCCAGACUCCUGGCUCUGAAGAUUUGUGGGAAGGUGGUAUGCCUGCCAGCGUGGAUCUCGACGGCGACGAUACCGUGGACGAGAUUCGAGUGAUGCUUUUGUCUCGUACGACUUCGACCACGUUACUCUGGAGGAUGAGAGUGAGAUCAAAGACAAAUACACUGAAAGACUAUGUCGAAGGGAGAUACCCCAGCGGGAAGUCAAUUGGUCGUCUGUAUGAUAUGGAGUUCUCGGUCUCUGAAGACAGGCCGGAGACCGAUGUGCGAACCAAUGCAGAAAGGACGGGCACACUUGCGUUUAUGUCUUCCAAGCUUCUAUCGAAAAAGCCAGUCCGGCACACGUUCAUGCACGACCUUGAGUCGUUCCUGUGGGUGUUGGUAUGGCUGGUCGCCGUGCGCGCGCGCGAAUACAAUCAGCACAAUGCGUAUGAGCUACGUGAAGAGCUAUGCUCACCGAAAGACAGCUUCAAGUCAUUUUUUAUCGCCAACUCAGACAGAGCUCGUGCGCAAAUUGCGGGAGUAAUCGAUCCGACGGACACGGAAUGGGUGCAUGCAUGGAUAGUUAUACGCCGUUUCGCCCAUUUCCUCCAUCAAAACUUGUACGGACAAGGAGAUCCCGUACCCGAUGAAGACUCACUAAAACCGCGAUCGGAACCUUUGUCUACGACAACGAAAGUCAGCUACGAGGAGAAAUGGAGGUUAAUUAGGAUCCCAAUUGGGAUAUUUGACGAGAUCAUCGUCAAGUUACAGUCUUCCUCUCGUUGA